AUGGCCGAAGGUGCAGAGAUUUAUGAGGAUGAAGAUGCGGUGGAGCUCCUCCCUUUGAGACUUUAUUACAAGCCCUCAGAAAGCACGGAUUGGAGACAACAUCAGGGCAGGUGGAUUAAUUUUCAACAGGAAAAUGCAGAUGCUGGGAAGAGAAAGGCUGAUGAGCUCAGGACCAUGGAGAAAAAUGAGGUUAGGAGGGUUCUUGAGCGCCCCACUCAUUUGCCUCUCAUCGCUGCGGACUAUAAAGUCAUGGAUUUGAUCACCUGCGCCACCGAACAAGUCCAAGAGUUUAAAGAAUUAAGGGAACAGACCAUAACCCUUCAUGACCAACGUCUCAAAAUCAUUUACAAAGACUUGGUCAACCAAGAGGCGUUGAUUCAUCAUGUCCAUGAUCAAAUUUCUACACUCUUGAGGGCACUUAAAGGGACAGCCACUAAAAUUCAAACCACCUAUGAUGAAGCAAGGGUCUGCGAAGAGAAAGCAGCAGACGCAGCGAGAGCAACAGAAGUGAUGUUUAGGGCCACCCAUGAGAACUUGAUUUCAGAUGAUGAUUAUUACCUCAUUGUCUCCGAAUGCGUUUACACUAUGAAGAACAGGUUCUUGGAGAGGUAUGCUUCCACAGACCAAAGAAUUAAAAAUUUCAUUGGGAAUUCUCAAGCAUUCUGGGAUGCUUGGGGGGAGCUGGUGCCCUUACCAAGGUUGCCCUAUAUGAUGCAUUACACCGACUGUACGUUACAGAUGGAGCAGAAGGAACGGGAAAUGGGAUCGGCAACUUUGGUUAAAGGGGAAUUCAAGAAGAAGUUAGGAAAAAUGGUUGAGGAGCAGGGGAAAAUAAGGGCAGAGCUUAAGGAGAGGGUAGUGGCUCAAGGCACAUUGGUGCAUGAGGAAGUCGAGGAAUCCAAGUUAACGGAUUUGGUAUCAGAGGAAGCUUCUACUUCCAAGGUGCCUGUGGUGUCAGAGACCAGAUCGAGACGAAGGAAUGUCUCCAUGGCGGAGGGCUUCAGCCUCAGCGACUUAUGCCAGGAGCGCUGUGCCAAGUUACCCAUGCCCUAA